AACAUGUUGCGGCAGGCCCUCAGCGCAAAUGUCAGGAAUGUCGGUCAGCGACGGGGCUUUGUCUCCACCGUCCUGCUCACCCGCGACUGGUCGAACAAGAGCCUUGGUGCUUUGAAGAGAGAGGCAAAACAGCGCGGACUCUUGCAAACCGGAAACAAGGCUACCCUGAUUACCCGGUUGCAAGAAUUCGAACGAGACCAAGCCCUCCAGAGUCCAACACCGGUACCCCAGCAGCAGCAAGUGCGGCAUGCUUCCAAUGUCGAAGCGGCAGGCGUUCCGUCGAGCUCCCAGCCCGCGCCCGCUCCGCCUUCCUACCCCAAAGAGUUUUUGGCUGUCAGGAUUCCGGAAACCCAUCACCUAGCCCCAGAGCCACCAAUUGCAGUUCCUUUCGUGCCAGACUUCUGGGAUUCUUCAAAAGUCAAAGCCGAGUCUUCCCCUCCUCAGGCCGAACAGCCAUCCAACCCCAAGGUGCUCACCGUGGCCGGUGCGGAAACCCUCAUCGGCGGCGGUCCUUCUCACAAUCUUUAUCCCGACACUCUCGCUCCUCCUACCGCUUUGCAGCCCGUGAAAAAGAAAGGAAUGAUCAUGGAACUCGUUCAUGACUUUGUCCCGGAGAUCGCUUCUAUUUCUCUGCCCCCGAGAAAAAUGUCGGAAGACUUCCUCAAAGGUGUUGCGGAGAUUACUGAGACUACAGGCGCAGCAGGGCACCACCAUUCCCGCACCCUCGACAAGGACGAAAAGAAUGGAGUGCUCGCGUUGGUCGGUCUCUUCGUAGGCUCCUGGCUGCUCGCGGGUAUCUUUGCACCCAAAUCCGCCUUCGCAGAGGAGCACGCUGAGAAGUCUGUCUCGGAGAAGGCUGCUGAGAGCUUGUAGAUGGACGCUCGUCGUCUACGCCACACCCUACUCCUGUAUCCCUACGUAUCUUCAUCUCCUCUAAUUGACCUUGUUCACCC